AUGGCCCCUCCACAACCAAGUUCAAUACCCAAUUAUCCACCACCACCUUUCUUCAACCGUAACCGUCGACUCUUCCUCGCGACCCUAACCCUCACCCCAAUAGGCGCAUACGUCUACCUCCGAUCCCAGCACAACGACAAUAAGAGCGAUAUAUUGCGGGCGGAGGAAGAGGGGAGGAGGGCUUGGCUUCAGCGGGGACGAGGAGGAGACAGCAAUGGUGGAGGUGGGGUUGGGGGUGAGGAAGAAAAAUUGGGGGUUGAUGCGAGGAAUUUCGCUGUUAGGGUGGGACGGAGUGGUGGGGGCGUGUAG